AUGGCUCCACCAAGACAACAACCACAUCGUCGUGCUAUGAGUCUAAGUGCAGGAAGCAAUAAUUCUUCAGAGAAUCUUCUUUCGACGACUAGUAGCAAUAAUAGUAAUAAUAAUUCAACUACUCUCCCCCCAAUAAGUGAAGACAUUAAUAAAAAUCUAAUAUCAAACCCACCUCCCACUCCGUCAAAAGAACCGAAAAAACCACAAAAAACAUAUGUUGAUAGUAUAUUACAUUUGGAAUUAAAAAAUGUAAUAUCAAAAUUAAUAUUUUUUUGCGCUCUCGUAUUCUUUCUUGGAAGUUUAAGCGGAUUAGGUCCUCCCUUUGAUGAAUUAGAUUAUUCAAUUAAAGUAGAACCAAAUGAUCAAAAAAUAGAUGUCUCGGUUUGGGAUGAACCUUAUGCAGAAAUUUUACGAGAUGAUGAUGAUAAAAAUAAUAAUUUGGCAGUUCAAGACAAUGAUAUUGAUGAUGUGGACGAAUUUAAAAAUGUCAUUCAUCAAGAAUCAAAUGAAUUGGCCACAGACAAGCCUUUGGCUGAUAAUGUGAUAAAUGAUAUUAAUCCAGAAGAUGUCGCUCCAUUAGCCGAAGAAACAAAUCAACCAAAGCAGGAAGGAAGUAUCCUUGAAGAUAUUAAGAUUGAACCUAAUCCAAUUACAGAUGAUGUUGAUGAGAACAAAAUUAAAGAUACAAGUUUUGGACGUUCUGAUGAAAUUCUUGUGAAUAACAGCGAAUCAAAGAAUCAGUUGGAUGAAACGAGUAAUAAUAAUAUCUCGGAAAAUUUAGAAACGGUGGAUAAGUUAAAUGUAACAGGCUUACCUAAUAAACUUAGCAAAAAUAAACUUAGGCAUUAUAAGUCUGAUGAAUCAAGAUCAAGUGACGGCACGGUUGAUUAUGCAAAGUAUACUUAUCAAGCCCCAAAUCCACAUUUCACGUAUGAUGACGUCCUUGUUUCACUUACUGAAGAAGAACGAAAUGAAAUUUCUACAACACAAUUAACUGAGAUGAAUACUGAUGAAAGUCUUGAUUCUUCAUGUGGAACAUGGCAAAAGGAUUAUGCCAAAUUACACGAAGAUAUCUUGGCUGGAAAAGAAGAUCAAAAAUACGUUGCCUAUAUUUGCGAAGCCAGUUCGAAUUGUGGUGGUUUAGCUGAUCGAAUACUUGGCAUGACCUCCACGUUUUUAUUUGCUUUACUCACAAAUCGAGCUUAUCUUGCGGAUUGGCAGGCACCUCUUCCUUUUGAUAAAAUUUUUGAUUCUCCCAAUAUUGACUGGAGUUUUGAUUCUUUAAGUCCAGAAUCGGUUAUCAAAGACCUGACGACUAUUGAGAUUAGUGUCAUUGACUUUGAUUCUCAACGUCUAGAUAAUCACUUUUUACUUUCCAAUUGGACUACCAAAUAUCCAGAUCCGUUUAUCAAAUUUUAUACAAAUCGAGGAAUGAUUAUUAGGACCUUUGAUUCAAAAUAUUAUGCACAGCCUCUAAAAGAUAUUGGAUUAAGGCCGCACACAGCGUUCGGAUGUAUUUUCGAUUAUUUAUUCCGCCCAGUUCCUCCCGCAAUGUCAUUCAUCACAAAAUAUACCUCAUUAUUUUCAAUUCGUAAUAUCUUUUCCGUGGGAAUUCAAAUAAGAGCGAGAGAAGAUACGAAUGCGUUGCAAGAUUACGAGUACUUUUUCCGUUGCGCAGAUCAGCUUACACGAACUUAUGCUGCACCGGACCAGAAAGUUAUUUAUUUCCUUAUUACUGAUUCUGUAGCUUUAAGGGAUGAGGCUGUACAGAAAUUGGAGCAUGUUAUCAUUUCUGGUUUACCUAUCAAAUCUUAUCAUGGCCAUCACGAUCACAUUGAUGAUGUAACUAACGCUGUUAUCGAAAAUUGGAUUUUGAGCAAAACAGAUUAUCGGGUAAUUUCUCCUGGGGGGUAUGGGAAGUUGUCGGCUUUCCAUUCAAAACAAUUACACACCACAGUUUUAAUGAAUUAUCCUGUCUUUGAUAAACAAAUACCAGAUUGCACAAAGGAGGAUGCAUUUAUUACAUUCAGCAAGUUGGCUAAUGAAUGGUCGUUGGGAUAA